CUCCCUCCCCCAGUCCCCCUCCACUACCUUAUCGCUUGUAUAGGUUGUAGCCUCCACUUCCUCUGCUUCUUUGGUUCUUAGUCAUGGCGGCUCUGUGUUCAAUACCAAGCUUCUCCACAACAACCAAUAGUUUCAACCUCACAAGCCCUUAUCAUUCUCUCUUCUUCUCCAAAAGCUCAGUCAAUUUACCUCAGCAAUCCACACCCUUCAACACAAUCAAAUGCUCUCUCUCACGCCGUCCCGAAUACACCCCCAAUCGAAUCUCAGACCCUAAUUACGUUCGCAUCUUCGACACCACUCUUCGCGACGGAGAACAAUCUCCAGGCGCCACUCUUACCAGCAAAGAGAAGCUCGACAUUGCUCGCCAACUUGCCAAGCUUGGUGUUGACAUAAUUGAAGCGGGGUUUCCUGCUUCUUCCAAAGAUGACCUUGAAGCUGUGAAGAUGAUCGCUAAAGAAGUUGGGAACAACAUUGAUGGAGAUGGUCAUGUUCCUGUUAUCUGUGGACUUGCGAGGUGUAAUCGUGCUGAUAUUGAUGCGUCUUGGGAGGCUGUCAAGUAUGCAAAGCGGCCGAGAAUCCAUACGUUUAUUGCGACGAGUGAUAUUCACCUGAAGCAUAAGUUAAGGAAAUCUAGGGAGGAGGUAAUUCAGAUAGCCAGGGAGAUGGUAAGUUAUGCCAGGAGUUUGGGAUGUGAGGAUGUCGAGUUUAGCCCAGAAGACGCUGGAAGGUCUGAGAAGGAGUUCCUUUAUCAGAUUCUGGGGGAAGUAAUUAAGGCUGGAGCUACAACCCUCAACAUCCCUGAUACAGUAGGUAUCCUUUUGCCAGUUGAAUUUGGGCAAUUGAUUGCCGACAUCAAAUCCAACACCCCUGGAAUAGAAAAUGUGAUAAUUUCUACCCACUGCCAAAAUGAUCUUGGCCAAGCCAGUUCCAACACAGUAGCGGGAGCAUAUGCAGGUGCUAGGCAACUGGAAGUGACUGUCAAUGGCAUUGGAGAAAGAGCAGGAAAUGCUUCCUUAGAGGAGGUUGUAAUGACUAUAAAAUGCCGUGGUAAGGAGCUAAUGGAAGGGCUUUACACUGGGAUUAACACCAGACACAUUGUUAUGGCAAGCAAAAUGGUGGCUGAGUAUACUGGACUUGCUGUUCAGCCACACAAGGCCAUUGUUGGAGCUAAUGCUUUUGCUCAUGAAAGUGGUAUACAUCAGGAUGGAAUGCUUAAACAUAAAAGUACCUAUGAGAUCAUUUCCCCGGAAGAUAUUGGGCUACAUCGAUCUAAUGAAUCUGGCAUUGUCCUUGGAAAACUUAGCGGACGCCAUGCAUUGAAAUCUCGACUUCUGGAGCUUGGUUAUGCAUUAGAUGACAAGGAUCUUGAUGAUGUAUUUUGGCGCUUCAAAGCAGUGGCUGAGAAAAAGAAGCAUCUUUCUGACAGUGAUAUUGAAGCAUUGAUAUCAGAUGAAGUUUUCCAGCCAAAAAUAAUUUGGUCUGUGGGUGAUGUGCAGGUUACAUGUGGAACUCUUGGCCUCUCUACAGCAACUGUCAAACUCAUUGAUGCUGAUGGUGCAGAGCAUGUUGCAUGUUCAAUUGGGACUGGUCCAGUUGAUGCCGCUUACAAGGCCAUUGAUAUCAUUGUCAAGAGAUCUGUAGUACUUCUUGAGUACUCCAUGAAUUCAGUAACUGAAGGCAUCGAUGCAAUAGCCUCCACAAGAGUUCUAAUACGACCAGAGAAUGGCCAUACAUCCACUCAUGCACUUACUGGAGAAACCGUUCAUCGUACUUUCAGUGGAACUGGUGCAGGAAUGGAUAUUGUUGUCUCCAGUGUCCGGGCCUAUGUCAGUGCCCUUAACAAGAUGUUGGGUUUCAAGGAAACAGCUGCAUCAAAGGAGUCAAUUGACAAUUCUGCGUUGAAGGUUCCUAGUGAGAUUUCUCAAGUGUCUUUUUGAUGUUCAGUGCUUUAUCUUACUGUUGUUUGAUUGUACUCUCUAGUUGGGUUGCGACAUGGCUCGGUCGUGUUCUUCAACAUUUAAUGGUGUUGGAAUUCUUUGAACUUUCUGUGCA